AUGUCGUUGAAUGAAGGUAUCGCGGUCGUGACGAAGGUGGUUCCCAGUGUCCGUUCCCGCGCGGCCGAUUCGACGUCGUUGCUCACGCGCGAAGAUCUCGACGCCGGGCCCAUCAGUUUGGACGAAAUCGAACCCGGCCUGUGGCUGGGCAAUGCGUCGGCCGCCGCUGACCUGCCGACCCUGAAUCGGCACUCGAUCCGCAGCAUCCUGUCGAUCGAUUCCGUGCCGUUGCCGGUCCACAUAACGGAUCAUCCGAAUUUGCGUGUCCGCUACGUCCAGGCGGCCGAUGUUCCGCGCGAGGAUUUGAUUCGCCACUUCGAGGACAACAACCGGUUCAUCCGGGACAGUUUGGACGCAGAGCGGCACGUGCUGGUGCACUGCUACUUCGGUGUUAGUCGCAGCGCAACGGUGGUCAUUGCGUAUCUGAUGGAAAAGUACCGUCUCGGGUACGACGCGGCCUUCCAGCGAGUCAGAGCGAAGCGUCGCUUCGUCAUGCCGAAUCCCGGGUUUGUCAAUCAGCUCAAACUGUACGGCCGCAUGGGCUACCGGAUCGAUCGGACCAACGAACGGUACAAGCUGUUCCGGUUGCGGCUGGCCGGAGAUAAUGUGCGCAAAGCGAAACGGCUGCCCACGGAGUGCAUGGACGUGGUAAAGGGCGAUCCGGGAGUGGUCCAGGAAUCGCCUGAACCGUUCGUCUACCGGUGUCGGAAGUGUCGUCGUGUGGUGGCAUCGAGAAGUAAUCUGCUGCUACACAAACCGAAGGCUGCCACGACAGCUUUGUCGCAACUGCCGGCAAAGGUUGGCCGCGAACCGGAAACUACGUUGGAGGAGAGUGCGGCAGAUGAAACGAUUGGCACCGCAAACGAUGCCGAAGUGGGCACCGAAGCUUCCAUUAGCAUGGCUCCGGCAGCCGGCGAGCUGACCGAGCAGCUGCGUCGCAGCUCAAUCAGCAGCGAGCAUAGCACCCGAUCCUCGGACAAGGAGACGGCGAUGUGCAGUAAAAUCUACUUCAUCGAACCGCUCGCCUGGAUGACGGACAUCUAUCGGAACACACAGGGCCGGCUGUACUGCCCCAAGUGCACGGUCAAGCUGGGAAGCUUCAACUGGGUGAUGGCAACAAAGUGUCCGUGUGGGGCCGAAAUUUUCCCCGCAUUCUAUCUCGUGCCGUCGAAAACGGAAUACUCAACCGUGGUACAGAAUGUGCAGGUCACGGUGUAA